CGGGCUGGUGGCCCCUCCACAGCGGCAACCUACUAACAGUCAGUCAGUAGCAUUCAAAGCGCCGCGAGGUUCGCACGCUGUGACGCGCGCGCACCUAUAUAUCGCAGUGAAAGUCGCACGCGCAGUUUAAGCUACGAAUUCGUGAGCCCGGCGUCUCCGUCUAGUUAUUUUAUUUGUCCGUUGCGCCAGUGCAGCGGGGAAAGGAGGUCGGUGCGUGGCCGCAACUCGUAAGAACUUAGAACGAUGCGAUUUGUAAACUCAACAAUAAAAACAAUAUCUGGUUUUUCUAUCGAAAUGUUAGUCGCCAUGUCAGAUUACUUUUUAUCAUUGGAAUUUGAAAAAAGUGGUUAAAUCUAAAAAAGUAUUGUGAAAGUAAGUGACUGAGUGUACUAGUGACAGUGAGUGACGAUGAGUGCUAGCGAGCCAACCUUAACUGAGUCGCCGGUGCCGUUGGCUCUGGCGCGGUUGCAGGGCCGGCCGGGACGGAUGCCGCGCGGCUUACGCACGCACAGGCCGAGCUUGCCAUUGGCAAGUCUACAGGAGGCUAUAGAUGAAACUCCGCGACGUUAUAGCGAGGAAAAUUACGCGCAGGACACUGACGACGAGGAAUCGUUUACCGAUCCAGUUGUCAGCAAACCCUCUCCGUCUUCUUCUAAUGGGCGGAGAGCUUCCGAUGCUACUUUUGCUGAACGAUACAGAAAAUUGACCGAAUUUGAUGGUCCACCCCCGGAUAUACCUCGCCGAGCCUCUCUAGCCGUUCCCGUCGGAGACGGUUUCGGACCUAGUGAUAAAGGCCGCAGGCGGUCGUGGGCGGCGCGUCUUCAGCUAGAACGCAAAAAGAGACGAAAAUCCGGCGGUAACGACACGGAUGAAGAAAGCGAUACUCCAACUUACAACUUGCGUCAAAAGCGACCUUCUUGGUGGAAUGUCUUCGUUCCGGACAACAUGCUGAAACAAAGGUAUUAUCAAAAUGGUUAUGUCAGUAAAAUGACGGUACAAUUUAUCAUGAUAGGUGAAACAAAGUACUGUAGUUGGGCCGCUCCAAGAAUGCGUCCUUGACAUAUUUUAGGUGGUUGUAAUAAGUAACUUCGUGAUGGCGAACAAACAUAAUUUUAUUCUUUAAACGCGUGGCUAAAAUUAUAUUUAUUUGAGAAUUGGAUUUAUCUCAACCUGCAAGAAACUGAAGUACUUAAGGUCCAUAAUUUUUCGAAGUUGACGCAUCUGUCUUUUCUGUUGCCAUUUUUAGAAAAGAUAAGUUAAAUACAGUUUUCAAUAAUAGGCAUAAAACUGGAAAAUAGCUAAUUGGUCUAAUUUGUUGCAAUGA